AUGGGAGACCUUCAUCCAAAAUCACCACAGCUACCCCACAUACUCAUUGUCCCAACACCAGGAAUGGGACAUCUUUUCCCACUCAUCGAGUUCUCAAAACGACUCGUCGCACAACACGACAUCGCCAUCACAUUCAUCGUCCCAAACGACGGGUCGUCCUCCAUAGAACUCCAAAAGAAGCUCCUUCAGUCCCUCCCAAGCCCCAUAUCCUCCGACUUUCUUCCGCCUGUCAACAUGGACGACCUCACUGCCGAAACUCCCAUCGAAGAUCGUAUCGAACUCACCUUGACUCGCUCCCUCCCCGCUCUACGACAGACUCUCGAGACCCUCACCGAGUCAACUCACUACGCUGCGCUCGUCGUCGACGUAUUCGGUCCAGCUGCGUUUGAAGUGGCCCAAGAGUUCAACAUACCACCUUACAUUUUCUUCCCGACGACAGCGACUGUGUUGUCGUUUUUCUUUUACUUGCCGAAGCUUGAUGCAAUCACUUCAGCUGAGUACCGUUAUUUACCGGACCCGGUUCAGCUACCCGGGUGUAUUCCGAUCGAAGGUCGAGACUUUUUCAGCCCGCUCCAUGACCGGAAAACCCAAACAUACAGAGCUUUUGUUCGCAUGGCGGAGAAGUAUAAUUUGGCUGCUGGGAUUAUGGUCAACAGCUUUGUGGACUUGGAACCGGGUCCGUUCAAGGCCAUAAUCGAUAGAAUCCAUGGUAACCCACCUAUCUACCCGGUUGGGCCGCUGACACAAACCGGUUCGAGCAACAGUUCUUCCGAACCGGAGUGUUUGCGGUGGCUUGAUAACCAGCCAAAGGGGUCAGUCAUAUUCGUCUCGUUCGGUAGUGGCGGGACUCUUUCACAGGAACAGUUCACCGAGUUGGCCACGGGACUCGAGCUGAGUGGGCAAAGGUUUCUUUGGGUUAUCAGAAGCCCAAGCGACAAGGCCUCGAGUGCUUUCUUCACUUUGAAGAGCCAGAAAAGCCCAUUUGACUAUCUCCCAGAUGGGUUUCUUGAGAGGACUAAGGGUUUGGGCCUAGUAGUGGACUCUUGGGCCCCACAAGUUCGGGUCUUGGCCCAUGGGUCGACUGGUGGGUUCUUGACCCACUGUGGGUGGAACUCGACUUUGGAAAGUGUUGUUCAUGGGGUGCCUUUGGUGGCUUGGCCUCUUUAUGCUGAGCAAAAAAUGAAUGCUGUUUUGGUUGGGGAGAGUGGUUUGAAUGUUGGGGUGAGAGUGAAAAUGAACGAGAAGGGAAUGGUGGGACGUGAAGAGAUUUGUGAGUAUGUGAAAAAUUUAAUGGAAGGUGAAGAAGGAAAGGUUAUGAAGAAAAGAAUGAGUGAGCUCAAGGAGGCUGCUAAGUUGGCUCUCGGCCAUGAAGGGUCGUCUACUAAGUCACUUGCUGAGGUUGCUCAGAUUUGGAAAGGGCCAUCUUCUCCGACGAAUGUCUACUGUCCACAGCGAUUUCUUCAACUCCCUUACUGCCUUACAUUCUUCUUCCUCCAUCCACCAUCGAAAGUUUGAAACCCAAACAAAAACCCACUUUGUAGAAUCUUCUGUAGUAAAGUGAGUCAAACUUUUUCUCUAUGACUACUUGUAUUCACUCUUUUUGUAAAGCUCCCACCUUUGUUUUUCCUUCUACUUUUUUGGGCUCCUCUUCAUUUUUCUCGAAAACCCACCACGCAAAACCAUUUGGGAAGAACAACGAUUCUCAUAUUCUGGGAGAAAGAGGGCUGUUGUGCAAGAAAAUUAGAAGAGGGACUACUUGUGGAGCAUUUCUUCCAGUUGAUCCAUGGGCCCCCACCAUUGAUUCACAGAGUAUAGCUUCACAGUUGUUUGCAGUUUCUCUGUUCCCUUACAUUGGUUUUCUUUACUUC